CAUAACAUGAGUAGAGUAUUAUCAGCAUUACUAAUAUGGAACCUAUUUUUGUAACACAGUUGGUGAACAAUUUUUUAAAAAAUGAUCCAACAAUGGUCACAUUGAGUGUUUAGCUUGAUCUUUAAUAACAUAGUACAGCAGCGAAGCAGGGUAACAUAAUGAAGAUUUUCCUGCUGGAGUAAUGAUUUUCCCAGGAUCCCUUCUGCAUGAAACCACUCGCUGUUACAGCCUGUGGGGAGAGGGAGCCUGCUGGCGUGUGUCCAGGGCUGCAGGUGCUGCAUGAGUCUCUGACUCACACAACAGAGCAGAGAGCCUUUUAGGCUCCUCCAGCAUGACGAUGCGUUGGGUGUGUGCCUUGGGCCUCUUGUCAGCUCUGCUGCAUCUGUCUACCUCCCUGCUGCUGGGAGCCUUCAACAUCCGGAUAUUUGGAGCCAAGAAAGCCUCCAAUAAUACUCUCAUGGACAUCAUCGCUACGGUCGUCUGUCGCUAUGAUAUCAUUUUGAUCCAGGAGGUCAGAGACAGCCAUCUGACAGUGACCAACAAACUGAAGGACCUUGUCAACACAAAGUGUCCUACGUACAACGCCAAUUACAGUGCUCCUCUGGGUACUCACGCGCCGACUAAUGAAAGAUAUGUCUUCCUCUUCAGGGAACCACAGGUGUCCGUGGUGGACAGCUACCAAUACGUGGGCACAGCCUUCACCCGCCCGCCCUACAUCGUCAAGUUCUCCUCCACACACACCGCUGUGAAGGAGUUUGUUCUGAUCCCACAGCACACCAGGCCUGAAGAUGCUGUGGAGCAAAUUAAUGCCCUCUGUGACGUGGUGGAUGAUGUCAUCAGCAAAAUGAAAACCCAAAACGUUGUGCUUCUGGGCGACUUCAACGCUGGCUGCACCUACGUGAAGGGGGAUGGCUGGAAGCACAUCAGACUCUUCACAGAGAAAAGAUUCCACUGGUUGAUCGACGACACGCAAUUCACUUCAGUGGCGAGUGACUGCCCUUAUGACAGGAUUGUGGUCACCGAUGUGAUGAUCCCCAGAGUGACGCCCAACACUGCUCUGGUCUAUCGCUACGACCAUAACCUCACCAAAGGUCAUGGUCUUCUCACCAAACAGGAGGUGUUGGCUGUCAGCGACCAUUACCCUGUGGAGGUGGAGCUGAACUAGAGACCUCCAGGUGAAUCGACCACGAACCAGUGGGGCACCCGCUGCAACCAUGUAGCGUUGAAUUGACUUCAUCAAAAUAAACUCAUCAUUCCUGCUAUUCUA